UGGGUGCGUUUCCCAGGCAAACAUUUUCAGUGAAUUAUCAGAGAUCGUGACAGAAACACCUACUCUGACCAGAAAAUACUUGUGAAGUGCUCGAUUACAAACAGCGAGCGCGAGAGGCAUGGCGAUCUCGCGACAUUUUCAACUGAGUGAAUGGCGAGCGCUGGCGUUACACAACUUGUUUGGUAACCAGCAUGUUGUGAAAGGGCUUCUGGUUAGAGCCACAUCUGCCCACUGCAGCAGCCGCGGGCAGGAGUGGAGGAGCAAGACAACCUCUGUAGGUUAUGUAAUUGCACUGUCGGCUUGAUACAUUCGCAGGUUUGUCAGCGGCGAGGUUUCCUCCCUGGUGUGGCACGCAUCUGUUCCAACAAAAUGCCCGAGGGACCGGAGCUCCACCUGGCCAGCCUUUACGUCAACAAAGUGUGUGAUGGGGUGGUGUUUACUGGACCGGUCAGAAAAUCUGAGGUCAGCAAGAGUCCUGACGUGCCCUUCAUCUGUGAGGCAUAUCGCAUCACAGCUGCUUCCAGAGGGAAGGAAGUGAAGCUCACACUGACACCCAUGAAAAGUGAUGAUCCUAAACCGAGAGUGAAAGCAGGACACGCGGACCAGCCCGUGGACGUCGUCUUUCGCUUUGGGAUGUCGGGCUAUUUCCGUUUCACCGCAGAGGAUGACCUGCCCAAACAUGCCCAUUUGCGUUUUUAUUCCAAAGAGAAGCCCUGCAGGGUGCUGAGCUUUGUGGAUACACGCAGGUUUGGCAGCUGGCAGCCCAAUGGGACGUGGCAGCCCGACAGAGGGCCCUGCAUCAUGUUCGAGUACAAAAGCUUCAGGGAGAACGUCAUGUUGCACUUGUCUGACCGUGCCUUUGACAGGCCCAUCUGUGAAGUUCUGCUCAAUCAGAAGUACUUCAAUGGCAUUGGGAACUAUCUGAGGGCUGAAAUCCUUUUCAGGUUGAACAUUCCGCCCUUCGUGCCCGCCAGGAGCGUGCUGGAAGGCCUUGGCUCAGAAGAUUUGUGUGAACGCAACAAGCCUGUGAAACAUGAGAUCAAACACACAAAGACCUCAGAAGGCGCUAAAAAGAGAGGGGUGAAAGGGGAGACGGGUGACCUGCUCAGACUGUGUCAUACAGUACCUCUGGAGGUGGUGAACCUGGGUGGAAAGGGCUACGAUCCCGAGAAGGCAGACUACUCUGACUUCAAGGCAUGGCUGCAGUGUUACUACGUGGAUGGAAUGAAAUCUAUCCGCGACCACAAUGGCAGAACUAUGUGGUUCAAGGGAGAUCCAGGCCCCAUGGCACCUAAAGAUUCAAAGUCACCCAAGGUAAAAAAGAGACUAAAGAAAGAAGAUGACCACGAUUACACAGACAAGAAAAAGCUGGCCAGGAGUCCUUCUGAAAGCAAAAUAAAGGAAAAAGCAGUCAGACAGGAAACUGCAGCCAAAACGCAAAAGAAAGAAAAGGAUGUACGUCCGAAGGAAGCCGGAUCCAAGAAAAAGACUCAAAAGGCUCGGGAAGUAGACACACCUCCUCAUGAAAAUAGAGCAAAUGCACGUAGGAGGAAGAGCAGCAGUGCAGAGCCAACUGCAGGCUCACAGAGGCGGAGCAGCAGAAUUACCAGAAACAGCAGCAAAUAAAAAUGGGGAGAAAAAAGGGGAGGCAUCGCCAUAUGGGACCAUUUUUAUGUUUUU